GGUUAUGGGUAAAGGAGGCAGAGUGCGCGUCACGGGGAAGGACGGGAGCGCCUGGAGCCCAGAGGAGUAUGGAGGGCAGAAGGAGGCGGUGAGCCACCCGGCGCACGGAGUGUAACAAAAAGACAACACAAAUCAGGAUACAGACAAGAAACAAAGUGACGAGAGACGCCGCCGUGCGGGAAAAAGCGAAAAGCGGCUCCUAGUUCGCGGCUCCGCGUACACCGGCGCUUCGGAUGCGGACCGACUUCGCACUUCACUGGCGGCAAAGAAAAGAUCUGGAUCCCGAAGACGGGGGGACCGAAGGGAGGCAGCCUCGCAGAGGAGGGGGUCGGGAAGACGCCCCGGUCCGCCGCCCCAAAAGCAUUAAGUUUGACAUCGGCGUGAUGAUGCAGGCGGCAGACGGGGAAGUUUAAUGCGGCUGCAGUGUGCGCGCGGCGCUUCGCCCCUUUGGGCUUUUUUUUUUAACCUGGAAUAUUUGUGGGUCCGAAGCAGUUUCAGGAGGCGGCGAUUCCCAGGCUGUUUAGGCCCACGGACAUAACCCAGGAACAAAAAAUACAUACAGGGGGCUGCGUUGGCCGUCUCCGGCUAAACGCAUAUUUAAAACGAACAACAAUAAUAAAGGAAAAGUGUUUUUUUUUUCUUUGGACCGCAAGCAGCGCCGAUCCAUCCACUAAGAUGUCGUCAGGGGCAGAGAGGCGGCAUGAAAACCGGGUGAAAAAGCUGGAAGCCAUGAUCCAGGAUCCCAGAUCCGCGCUCAACCUGGAAAGUUUGGUGGAUGCCAUGAACGCCCUGGUCCUGGACCUGGACUUCCCUGCACUGCGGAAAAACAAAAACAUCGAGACAUUCCUGCAGAGAUAUGAGAAGCUGAUGGGCAGCAUGCGGGACCUGCAGAUGAUGUCAGAGGACUUUGACAAAGUGAAGGUCAUUGGUAGGGGGGCGUUUGGCGAGGUGCAGCUGGUGCGCCACAAGGCAUCUCAGAAGGUCUACGCCAUGAAGGUGCUCAGCAAGUUUGAGAUGAUCAAGCGGUCUGAUUCCGCCUUCUUUUGGGAGGAGCGGGACAUCAUGGCCUUUGCUAACAGCCCCUGGGUCGUCCAGCUCUGCUGCGCCUUCCAAGAUGAGCGCUACCUAUACAUGGUGAUGGAGUACAUGCCAGGCGGGGACCUCGUCAACCUGACCAGCACCUACGACGUCCCUGAGAAGUGGGCCCGCUUCUACACCGCGGAGGUGGUGCUGGCCCUGGACGCCAUCCACUCCAUGGGCUUCAUCCACCGCGACGUCAAGCCCGACAACAUGCUCCUGGACCACCUGGGACACCUCAAGCUGGCCGACUUUGGGACCUGCAUGAAGAUGGACUCGACCGGGAUGGUUCGCUGUGACACGGCCGUUGGAACGCCAGACUACAUCUCUCCUGAGGUGCUCAAGUCCCAGGGGGGCGACGGCUACUAUGGGCGGGAAUGUGACUGGUGGUCAGUGGGAGUCUUCAUCUUCGAGAUGCUGGUUGGCGACACCCCGUUUUAUGCUGACUCUCUUGUCGGGACCUACAGCAAGAUCAUGGACCACAAGAACUCUCUGAACUUUCCGGACGAUGUGGAGAUAUCUGAGGACGCCAAAGACCUCAUCUGUGCCUUCUUGACGGACAGGGAGGUUCGUCUGGGGCGCAGUGGCGUGCAGGAGAUCAAACGACACCCUUUCUUCCAAAACGACCAGUGGACCUUCGACACCAUCCGGGACACCGUGGCCCCCGUGGUCCCGGAACUGACCAGUGAUGUCGACACCAGUAACUUUGACGAGAUUGAGGACGACAAGGGCGACGUGGAGACCUUCCCCACACCCAAGGCCUUCGUGGGCAACCAGCUGCCGUUUGUGGGCUUCAGCUACUUCAAGGAGAACCAGUUGUUAAAUGACACAAAUUCCACCGCUAUGAAGAACGAACAUCAGACGUCCAUCAAGCGGGAGUCUGCUCAGCUUCAGAAAAAAAUUCACGUACUGGAGGAGCAGCUUAACAGCGAGAUGCAGGCCAAGGACGAGAUGGAGCACAAGUGCAGGACUGCCAGCAGCCGCCUAGAGAAGGUCUCCAAGGAGCUGGAGGAAGAGAUUGGCAGCAGGAAGAGCAUGGAGGGCACACUGCGCCAGCUGGAGCGAGAGAACGCGCUCCUGCAGCACAAGAGCACAGAGAGCCAGCGAAGGGCAGAGAGCGAGUCUGAGAAGAAGCGGGUCCUGGAGAGCGAGGUGAACAGUCUGAAGGACCAGCUAGAUGAAAUGAAGAAGAGGAACCAGAACUCCCAUAUCUCCAAUGAGAAGAACAUCCAGCUCCAGAGGCAGCUGGACGAGGCCAACACGCUGCUGCGCGCUGAGAGCGAUGCAGCCACUCGCCUCAGGAAGACCCAGACGGAGAUGAGCAAGCAGAUGCAGCAGCUGGAGUCCAACGGGCGCGACCUUCAGGAUAAAUGCUGCAUGCUGGAGAAUAGCAAGCUGAAGCUGGAGAAGGACUUCAUCAGCUUGCAGUCGGCGCUUGAGGCAGAGAAGAGGGACCGCAGUCAAGGCUCCGAGACCAUAUCAGACCUACAGGGACGUAUCUCUGGGCUGGAGGAUGAGGUCCAGCAGGUGAAGAGCUCCCUGGCCAAGGCCGAGAUGGAGAAGAGGGAACUGCAAGAGAAGCUGACUGACCUGGAGAAGGAGAAGAGUAACCAGGAGAUUGACAUGACGUACAAAAUGAGGCUCCUGCAGCAGACCCUGGAGCAGGAGGAGGCGGCGCACAAGGCCUCCAAGGCGCGGCUCGUGGACGAGAACAAGAUCUACGAGUCCAUCGAGGAGGCCAAGUCUGAGGCCAUGAAGGAGAUGGAGCAGAAGCUGCGAGAAGAACGUGCCUCCAAGCUGAGCGUGGAGAAUAACCUCCUGGAGCUGGAGAAGCGCUGCUCCAUGCUGGACUGCGACUACAAACAAGCCCAGCAGAAGCUGGACGAGCUGCGAGCGCAGAAGGAGAAGCUCACGGAGGAGGUGAAGAACCUGACCCUGAAGAUUGAGCAGGAGAUGCAGAAGCGCAGCCUCAUGCAGAACGACCUGAAGACCCAGAAGCACCAGGUAAAUGCCCUGCGCAUGUCGGAGAAGCAGCUGAAGCAGGAGGCCAACCACUUGCUGGAGAUCAAGAGCAGCCUGGAGAAGCAGAACCAGGAGUUGCGCAGGGAGAGGCAGGACGCGGACGGACAGAUGAAGGAGCUUCAGGAUCAGCUGGAAGCUGAGCAGUACUUCUCUACACUGUACAAGACGCAGGUACGUGAGCUGAAGGAGGAGUGUGAAGAGAAGAAUAAGCUGUACAAAGACAUCCAGCAAAGUCUGCAGGAGCUGCAGGAAGAGAGGGACUCGCUGGCUGCUCAACUGGAGAUCACGCUAACCAAGGCGGACUCGGAGCAGCUGGCCCGGUCCAUCGCCGAGGAGCAGUACUCUGACCUGGAGAAAGAGAAGAUCAUGAAGGAACUGGAGAUCAAGGAGAUGAUGGCACGGCACAAGCAGGAGCUGGGAGAGAAGGACACCACCAUUAGCUCGUUGGAAGAGGCGAACCGCACCUUGACGAAUGAUGUAGCCAUCCUGGCCAGCGAGAAGGAGGAGUUCAACAACAAGCUGAAGGAGAUGCAAGAGCAGCUGCAGAAGACCAAGGAGGAAGAGCUGCUUUUGAGCCAGAUGAAGAUAUGCUUUGAGAAGCAGCUGCAGAGCGAGAGGACACUGAAGACCCAGGCCGUGAACAAGCUGGCGGAGAUCAUGAACAGGAAGGAAGUGCGUGGCGGGGGCAGCCGGCGCGGAAACGACACGGAUAUGCGCAGGAAGGACAAGGAGAACAGGAAGCUGCAGCUGGAGCUUCGCUCGGAGAAGGAGAAGCUGAACAGCACCAUCAUCAAGUACCAGAGGGAGAUCAACGACAUGCAGGCGCAAAUCGCGGAAGAGAGCCAGGUGCGCAUAGAGCUGCAGAUGGCGCUGGACAGCAAAGACAGUGACAUUGAGCAACUGCGUAACCUCCUCACGUCGCUCAACGUGCACUCGCUCGACUCGGCCAGCAUGAGCAGUGGCCCCGACUUCGAUGGUGACGACUCCUACCCAGAAACCAGGCUGGAGGGCUGGCUCUCACUUCCACUUAGGAACAACACCAAGAAAUUUGGGUGGGAAAAAAAGUAUGUGGUGGUGAGCAGCAAGAAGAUUCUCUUCUACAACAGUGAGCAGGAUAAGGAGCACUCCAACCCACACAUGGUGCUGGACAUCGACAAGCUCUUCCAUGUGCGGCCUGUCACCCAGACGGACGUGUAUCGGGCUGACGCCAAAGAGAUCCCCAGGAUAUUCCAGAUCCUGUAUGCCAAUGAAGGGGAGAGCAAGAAGGAGCAGGAGUUCCCGGUAGAGGCAAUUGGGGACAAGUCCAGCUACAUCUGCCACAAGGGCCAUGAGUUUAUCCCCACGCUGUACCACUUCCCGACCAACUGCGAGGCCUGCACCAAGCCGCUGUGGAACAUGUUCAAGCCACCCCCCGCGCUCGAAUGCCGCCGCUGCCACAUCAAGUGCCACAAGGACCACAUGGACAAGAAGGAGGAGGUCAUCGCCCCUUGCAGGGUGAACUACGACGUAUCGACGGCCAAGAACCUGCUACUGUUGGCCGCGACUCAGGAGGAGCAGCAGAAGUGGGUGAGCCGACUGGUGAAGAAGAUUCCCAAGAAGCCGCCUCCACCUGAACACUUCGCUCGUUCUUCGCCUCGCGCCUCGAUCAAGGUGCAGCCCAGCCAGAGCACGAGGAGGCCCAGCCGUCAGAUGCCACCUGGCAAGCCUAGUGGUGGCCCCAUGCUCAAAAUCAUCCUCCACUGACCUUUGACCCCUGUCCAUUCUUGUACUGCGGUAGACCGUAAGUAGUGUGCACAGGUCAUGUGACUGUGACCUUACUAACGCCUGUGUGUUCCACUUAUCCUGCCAAGGAGGCAUAUGAGCAACUAACAUGGCCGCUUAGGCAAGGAAGUUAGAUGGGGCAGGACUGUGGGUCCGUCCUUGUAACCAUUAAACAUACCAUCAGUCAUACCUUGCCUCAACAUAUCGUGCCAUCAUCCAUCUUCAUGUCCGUCUUUCCCACAUUCUGUGUGUCCCAUCAUGCAUUCUCUCACUUGGGAAUGACUGAAGGCUUUCAGGGAUAGCAUGCCGCAUAGAACAGGAACUGGCUUCCAGGGAUAUGAACGUACACGCCACUGUGCUGACCAGCGCCACCCCUGAGCCACGCCUUCUCCCGUUCCAGAGUGCUGGACUGUGGUCUGCAGGACUGGGACUGGGCCGUCGAUGAUGUCGAUGAGGCAGACGUUUUUGAUUUCUGAAGACGUACAUUUAACCAUCUCUUCUUGUAGACGUGUUGAACACCCUGUGUGGUAUUCCUUCCUAGUGCAAAGGACUGAAAACACACUCUUUCAUUUUGCGUACCCACAACAGACAUGAAUGCACAGAUACUAUUUUUUUAUUCUUUUAGAGACCAUCUUUCCUAUCCUGGUUUGCAACACUUGGCUUCCACUUGUGAAAACUAGUCUUCAGUUCUGCGUCGAGCAGGAUCAGGUCUGAGUACCUGGGCUCCUUGUAUCCGUGGCAACGUGUGGACACAUGACAGUGUUUCGGCCUGUUUUUUCCUACUGGCUAAACCCCCCCCCCCCCCGUCAAUGGACUCUCAAGGAAAGCUGCAGCUUCAGAUGCUCUACUGGUCUUCCAUGGUCCUGAAUGCAGGAGCACCUGGGGGGACAGAGGCCUGAGACUCAGAGAGAGAGGAGGAGCUGGACCAGCGGCCCCCCCUGCAGCUGCACCCCCUGGCAACGCCAUCGCGGCCCCUGGUAUGUUAAGGACUUGAGCAGGAUGACGGUUUUUCAGCAAAGCAUCUCCACUGAUCUGGGGAACCAAGAUCCAAGAUGAGGCCACAUCGGGGGGGGGGCCUAUGCAUUCUGGGCGGGAGCAGCCUGAAUCCACAGGCCCCCCCCACCCCCCCGUUUGUUACUUCUUCGCACUUUGCUCGUGUGAUGCCUUAAUUUGUGUUUGUGGCAGCGCUCUGCUCCCCUGGGUGUGAUGCCUUCACUGUUAUGCACCUCGGUCACGCCGCUGUACCCAAACGUAUGAAUGUAUUUGUUCAGGCUCCG